GUCCGGUGGACUUACGAGCUCGCGAACUUGGCUCCGUUUUAGCUUUAAUUCAAUUACGUCUAUAGGUUGCAUAAAUAGUCUAUUUGAUUCAUUUUCAAAACAGAUUUAAGCUAAUGAAGGCUUGUGGAUCCUAAUUAUAAAUGUUUACGAUAUUAAUGGUUUUCAGAAAAGUGAGACCAGUUUAUAAUAAUACAUUUAAAUAACUAAUACAUUAAAAAAAUAACCAACAUUCAUAUUUUCUUUUUUUUUUGGAAUAGCGACAAUUUAAUAAAAUGUGGUCGUGUUUAGUCACAUCUAUAUUAAUUGUUUGGCUCUUUGCUGAAACAUCUGCUCACUCAUAUGAGACUGAAGAGAUUGUACCUGUACGGCUGACUGGAAGGACCGCAGGACGAGUGGCCAAGAGGAGCGAAGAACAGCCCAGCUUCAGACUCACGGCUUUCGGCAGGAAUUUCACACUUAAUCUGACACCGGACAGCACCUUUAUAUCGCCAGCUCUGAAGGUUUAUCGCAUCAAGGCCAAACCGCAAGAAAGACUUGAGUCCACAGAACUUUAUAAGUCCUUGAAUCAAACUGAAGAGACUGGAGCAGAAUUAUUAAAAGGUUGCUUUUAUAUCGGCGAUGUUGACUCCGAUGAGGACUCUAUUGUCUCAGUCAGUUUAUGUCAUGGGAUUUUAGGAUCAUUUAUCACAGAUGGUAAAGAAUAUCUAAUCGAACCGAAACUUCUCGGCUUGGGAACAUCUGGAAGGUUAAACGAGCAGCUGCAUGUCAUCAAAAGAAGACGUUUUACAAAGUCUCCGCAGGUCUCUGAACCGCUGUCAGAGAUCAGAGAUGAUGAUCGGGAUUCGAUGUCUAGACGCAGGCGCUUUGUCUCUACUCCCAGGUUUAUUGAGACCUUGGUGGUCGGCGACGCAUCUCUGACACAUUUCUAUGGAGACGAGAUCAAGCACUACAUGCUGACCUUGAUGUCAGUGGCUGCUCAGAUUUACAAGCAUCCCAGCAUUAAGAACUCCAUCAACAUAGUGCUUGUGAAGAUGCUGAUUGUGGAGGAUGAAGAGGUUGGGCCGUCCAUCUCCAGCAAUGGAGGCGUCACUUUGCGCAACUUUUGUGCCUGGCAACAGCUCUUCAACCCACCCAGCCACAGGCAUCCGGAGCACUUCGAUACAGCCAUACUUUUUACUAGAGAGGACAUCUGUGGACACCAGAGCUGUGACACGCUGGGUGUAGCUGAUGUUGGAACCAUGUGUGACACCAAAAGGAGCUGUUCUGUUAUUGAAGACAACGGCCUUCAGGCUGCUUACACGACUGCACACGAACUGGGCCAUGUUUUGAGUAUGCCUCAUGAUGACGCUAAGAACUGUGAGCAGAUUUUUGGACAUCUAGGCGAGCACCAUAUCAUGGCCCCUAUAUUCACCCAGCUCAGUAAGAACUUGCCUUGGUCACCCUGCAGUGCUUUACACGUCACAGAGUUUUUCGACAAUGGACAUGGAGACUGUUUACUGGACAUCCCCGAGACGAUAGUGGCUUUACCCACUGAGUUGCCAGGCAUAACUUACAGCCUGGAUCGCCAGUGCCAACAGAUAUUUGGAGAGGAGUUUUCACAUUGUCCCAACACCUCAGACAGCGAUGUGUGCGGACAGCUCUGGUGCCAGCAAGAGGGUCAGUCUGUGUGCACAACCAGGAAUGGGAGUCUUCCCUGGGCAGACGGCACAAGCUGUGGCCCCAGUAGGAGCUGCCUGAACAGCAUGUGCAUGUCCUCUGAGGAAGUCAUGAGGGCUAAGCCGGCUGUGGAUGGAGGCUGGGGCGAGUGGGGAACAUGGCAACCGUGUUCCAGAUCAUGUGGAGGUGGAGUGAUGUUCUCGUACCGAGAGUGCACCCAUCCAUCUCCUCAAAACGGUGGUAAAUACUGUGUGGGCCAGAGAGUGAAGUAUCAGUCCUGCAACAAACAGACCUGUGAGAAUAACCAAGGAAAAAGUUUCAGAGAGGAACAAUGUGAGAAGUACAACAAUCCAAAUCACUUUGAUGUUCAUGGAAAUGUGAAGCAGUGGAUACCAAAAUACGCUGGAGUGUCAUUACGGGAUCGGUGUAAACUGUUUUGCAGAGCAAGAGGCAGCAGCGAAUUCAGAGUGUUUGCAGCUAAAGUAAUUGAUGGAACCCCAUGUGGUCCAGAUACCACAUCAUUUUGUGUGCAAGGCCAGUGUAUCAAAGCUGGUUGUGACCUGGAGAUUGAUUCUAGUAAGAAGCUGGACAAAUGCGGUGUGUGUGGAGGGAAUGGCCAGAGCUGCAGGAUGAUAUCUGGCUCAUUCAAUAAAGUCGUCCAUGGAUAUAGAGACAUUGUGACGAUUCCAAGUGGAGCCACUAACAUUAACAUCAAACAGCAGAGCCAUGGAAGUAUACCACAUGAUGGAAAUUACCUGGCUGUACGAAGAGAAAAUGGUGAUUAUAUCUUGAAUGGCAACUUCUCGGUGUCCACAGUGGAGCAGUAUAUUCCAGUGCUGGGUGCUGUGCUGAAAUACAGUGGCUCGUCCACCACACUGGAGAGACUUCAGAGCUUCCGCCAGCUCCAGGAACCAGUCACAAUACAGCUGCUCUCCACCGCUGGGGAAUCCAUCUCACCAAAGGUCAAAUACACCUUCUACAUCCCCAAAACCAUGUCGUUUAGCAAACCCAAAGACAAAAAGAUGGCUGGCAAACUUAUUCAUCCUUUUGGGGUACCACAGUGGAUCUCGGGCGAGUGGUCUGAAUGCUCCAAAACGUGUGGUUCAGGAUGGACCAGGAGAAAUGUGGAAUGUAAAGACAAUGCUGGCUUCCACUCAAAUCACUGCAAUAAAGAUCUCAGACCGUCUGAUAUCAGGCCCUGCGCAGACCUGCCAUGUCCUAUAUGGCAAAUAGGGCCUUGGUCUUCAUGCUCACAAACUUGUGGCCAUGGGGAACGCCAGCGUAGGAUUCUCUGCAUUGAUUACGCUGGAAAGAUUGUAGAACCGGAAAACUGUGAUCCUGCAAAGAUGCCUGAAUCAGUGUCUGAAAAGUGUUUCUACCAAGAGUGUUGAGGACAUCAUGCAGGCUUUCAAAUUAUUCAGAGGUGAUAAGACACUCCUGUGAAAGAAUAAAGAUUUUCAUUUGACCGUGCUUCAGGUUGAAGCAGGAAAUAUUCAUGCCUUAGAUGGAAAAAUAUUUGUGCUUUUAGUGAAUGUUGCACGGACUGAUCACUUGGCCUUUGGUUUUCCAAAUAUAUACAUGCAUAUUUAUAACCACUAUUGAAGUUUGAUCCAAUAGAUAACUACCUCAGCAAGCAAUGCUUUAUCGCAGUUUUCCUAACUUCUGUCUCCUAAUUGCUUUCUUAGAGCAUUCCACAUAAAUUAUUUUUCAAGAAUGUCAUAUUUAAUGAUUCUUAACCAUACAAAACACACCGAUUGGCUAAGACUUAAUAUUCAAGACAUUAUUUUAAAUUAGUUCCAACUUUUUUGUUUUUGUACAUUCAGUUUUAAAAUAAAUUUGGAAUUGUAAAAUGGAAUUAUUUUAACUUGGAAUGGGAAAAUCUUACUAGAAACUGUCACUUGCUAAGGUGCUAUAAAGGUGCUAUAAUUUUUUUUUAUUGAUUUACUUUGUGAUUUGGUCAAUAAUUUACAUCUUUUUUAUUUAUAAACCUUGGCUUGCAUUUAUUAGUGUCUUAUUUUCACUUUCAGAGUUAAAGCGUAUCAACAACACUUGACAGAGCAUGGUCAUAUAAAUCUCUUAGAGCUAUUUUCAUGUAUAUUUAAAACUAUAUCAGAGGUAAACAGUGGUUGAGCCUAAUUUAUAUCCUGAAACUUUAAUAAUAACAGGUAAGUGUUAGAUCUAGCUUUUGAAAAUUCCUCAACAAACAUAAUGUUUGUGUCCAUUCAGAGGGUUGUAUAACUUACUAUUUACUAUCGCUGUUCUUUGUAUUAAACACUGUUUUAUUUGUAAACUGCUAAGUGAAUGAAAACCUGGAAGUUUGGAAACAUCAGUCCUUCCUGGGAUUUCAUACUCCAUGAGUGGAUAUAUCUGAAAGCUUGAAAGAACUGUGUAGAUGUGAACGUAUUGAGAAAAAACAGUACAGCAUGAAACUAAACUCAAAUAGUUAAUGCUCUUUAAAAUGAUUGUAUAUGAAUGUUAAUAUGGUAUUGACCAUUCUAGUUGUAUACAUUAGUCAUAUUAGUCAUAUUAAAAAUGCGACAACACAUAUUAUACCUUCAGUGAAGGAUUGUACUUUGUUACUUCUUCAUUGUAAAGCUAUUUAUUUUUGUACAUUUUAUAUUGUUUAAAAUGGAUACAAAUCAUGCAGUGUUUCCAGAUGUUGCUUUCUUUUUGUUUUGUAACUUAUCAAUGACAUGUCUGAAAAUAAAAA